GUCACAUUCUCAAUCGCUCUCUUCAGAAAAAUGGACCCCUAAAGCUCAUCUCGGCAUCUCCACCCCCCAACAAUGACGUCAUCCACCUCUCACCACCGCCUCCUUUCCAAUCCCCCACCUCGCUCCUCCACCGUCUUUAUCUCCACCGCCGCCGCCAAAACCCCCAACUUCCUCCCUCUCCCAGCCUCAACCCGCCGGCAUUUCCCAAUCUCAACCACCCUCACUCUCCCACUCACCUCCUACCGCCGCCUCCAAGCCUACGACUCCUCCUCCGCUGGGGCUCCCUACUCCGGCGACGAGUUUCCCUUCAAUUUCGACUACUUCCUAUCGAUCGCCGAGCUCCUCUGCCUGGCGUCCUCGGCCGCGGUGACGAUCGGGUUCGGGCUGAGCUCCGCGGUGCCGGGGUGGAGCCACGCGGCGUUUGCGAAGGGGAGGGUUUUGGCGGGAGGGGCGGCGGCGCUGGUGGCGGCGGUGGGGAUUGGGGCGUGGAUUCGGAGGCGGCAGUGGAGGAGAGUGAGUAGGGAGGCGGUGAAGGGAGGAGUGGAGGUGAAUUUGUAUGAGAGGAUUGAGAAGUUGGAGGAGGAUUUGAGAAGCUCGGCGACGAUUGUUAGGGUUUUGUCUAGGCAGCUUGAGAAAUUGGGGAUUAGGUUUCGUGUUACGAGAAAGGCUUUGAAGGAGCCCAUUGCUGAGACUGCAGCUUUGGCUCAAAAGAACUCUGAGGCCACCCGGGCAUUGGCAGCACAAGAAGACAUUCUGGAAAAGGAGCUUGGAGAAACUCAAAAGGUGUUACUGGCAAUGCAGGAGCAACAGCAAAAACAACUUGAGCUGAUACUUGCCAUUGCAAAGAAUGGGAAGCUUUUGGACAACAAACAGGUACCUGAACAACCAGAGAGUACGGUUAGAAUACGUGAUUCAAGUAAAGACAAUUCAAAGCAGAAGGAACCCCAGCAGAUAUAACCUUUCAUUGGAAGCAAAGGGGACAAAUUAGGAUUUUGAAGGAAACCACUCCUUGUGAAGAUGUUCUUUUCCCAAUGUUGUUGGCCUGUAGCCUUAUCUGGUACUAUUCUCCUUGCUCACACUUUAUGUAUAGCUAUGUCAUGGUGGCAUUAUGUCUACAGCCAAAGAAAAUUUUCUCAGGCCGUUGUGGAUAUGCAAAGCUGGAAGGUAAAAUGAAAACAACAGAGGAAUUAUAGGAUAGAAAUGCACCUCGAGUACAGCUGUACCAAUAAGGUAAAAGUGGAGUUUGCUCCUCAUGUUUGUAAUUCUCUGUUUGUUUGCGUCAUCUUGUUGAAACUAAUAUGUACCAUCUUGGUAUGGUGCAGUCAUUUUAUGAACUUACUGACCACUCAAACCUGACUAUUACGUUGUUCUUGUUUGGUUCCUUUUUUAAUUUUGUAAUAAUUAACGUUCUGUAUUACUGAAGUAAUAAAAGAAUAUUCAAUCUUUUUGCC